AUGGGCAUGGAAUUGCCUUCGCCAGACAGCCCUAGGGAGCAAGUCCGUGUCUUGAUGGCCCGGAAAUCUGACAUUCAGGCAGAACUAGAGACUCAUCUGUCUAUUCUAAAAGCAAACUCCUCGACGAUGCAUUCUCCAUUGGUUGACCCAGACGGGUUCCCUCGAGCCGACAUUGACAUAUACGCGGUACGGGGUGCGCGGAUACGGGUCAUAGAGCUGCGGAAUGAUCUAGAGGCAUUGAUGAACGAGAUUGGGAAGAAGCUGGAAAGCGUGUAUGACCCGAGCCUGGCCCCGCCUGCAGUUCAGGAAUCGGACUCGCCUGCUGACACUCCUUUUGCAAGAGUUGACGGUGUGGCACCAGGAAGUCCGGCAGCGGAUGCGGGUUUGAAACGUGAAGAUCUCAUCGUGAAAUUUGGUUCAUUAACGAGUCCAUCAUCCCUACAAGCUGUGGCGGAAGCCGUGGGGGCCAAUGAAAACCAGAGUAUCUCAAUCAAAGUGCUGAGAGACAAUCGACCAGCUUUCUUAAGUCUAACGCCGAGAAAAGGUUGGGGUGGACGUGGGAUGCUCGGGUAUGCGGUCAUGCUAUCUUUAUGUUUCUGA